AUGAAAACUGCGAUCGCACUUCUCGUCGCGGGCGCUGCUCUGGCGCAUGCCCAGACAGCCACUACGUCUGAGCCCCCUCUGAAGGCCAUCAAGGCAGCCGCCGCGACGACCAAGCCCGAGUCUCCCGUCUCGGAUGUCAAGGGUCUCGCAUUUAACCGUUUUUACCAGGUCUGGCUGGAGAACAUUGACUACGAAGAUGCCAGUGCCGACUCCAACAUGAAGUGGCUUGCCACGCAGGGUAUUGAGCUAACCAACUUCUUCGCGGUCACUCACCCUUCGCAGCCUAACUACUGUGCGGCCGCCGGUGGUGACACUUUUGGCAUGGACCAUGACGACUUCAUGCAGGUCCCUGCCAAUGUCUCCACUGUCGCCGACUUGCUUGACACCAAAAACAUCGCGUGGGGCGAGUACAUGGAGCAUAUUCCUUACCCGGGCUUCCAGGGCUUCAACUACUCCAACCAGGAGACCUACAAGAAUGACUACGUACGCAAGCACAACCCUCUGGUGCUCUACGACUCAGUCACGAAGAACGAGACGCGCGCGCGCCAGAUCAAGAACUUCACCGAGUUUGAAUCGGAUCUCGAGCACAAGAAACUCCCGCAGUGGGCGUUCAUUACCCCGAACAUGACCAAUGACGCGCACGACACCAACAUCACUUUCGCCGCCAAGUGGGAGCGCAGCUGGAUAUCGACCUUGCUCAAGGACGACUACUUCAUGAAGGACACCGUGGUCCUGCUCACCUUCGACGAGGACGACACCUACACCAAGACCAACCGGGUCUUCAGUGUGCUGGUGGGUGGUGCCAUCCCGGAAAACCUCAAGGGUACCAAGGACGACACCUUCUAUACCCACUACUCAAGCAUUGCCAGUAUCUCUGCUAACUGGGGCCUGCCUUCGCUGGGUCGCUGGGACUGUGGUGCCAACAUCUUCGAGAUCGUGGCCAACAAGACCGGGUACGUCAACUACGACGUGGACACCACCAACCUGCGUCUCAACCACACCUACCCGGGCCCGCUCUCCAGCGGCGAGUACUCCAAGUUCUCGCCUAUCUGGGCCAACCCGACCACCGACGCCAAGUGCUCUGCGGGCCACGGUGUGCUGGACAUCGUCAAGAAGACCUUCGGCAAGACCACCCCGACCUACAACUACACGACCCCGUACCCAUGGGACGCCAAGAACGACUACAACGUCAAGGUCACCGCUACCCGCAAGUCUAACUCGACCUCGGACAGCAGUGAGACGCCCGCUCACAACGCCGGCGCCACGGUGGUUCCUAGCUUCGCAGUGAUUUCCGGGGCUUUGCUGGCUUCUUUCGUUUACCUUGCCUAA